UGGGGGGACAGUGGGAGGGGGCCCCUCGGAAAGCCUGGAAUGAAAAGAUUAAAUUAACCGGCGACAGCUUUCAGGUUGCCCACGGGUAUGUACGUCUGUCCAAGCCUUGUGAGCAUGAUAUCUCAAGAACGCCCCAAGGGAAUUUCUUUAAAAUUGGCACAAACAUUCCGUCAGACUCAACUAUGAACUCUUUAGAUUUUAGUGGUUAUAGAUCAAAGGUCAAGGUCACUGUGACCUUGUCUGUCUCAUUCAUGUGCAUGAGAUAUUUCAAAAAUACCCAGAGGGAAUUUCUUUAAAUGCACAAAGCUGCUAUUUUUAAAUAAACCCUUUCAGUCCAGCACCUUUGGAUCCAGCAGUAAGCCUUCAGACAUGGUACCUAGACCCUGGGUGUGUUCAGACAGUCCUCUUAAAUGUGGGCGGGGUUGUUGUCACUCACUGCUCCGUCCAGCACUCGCUGUAUUUCCUCAUCAGCGGUGACACAGAUGGAAGUCUGCACCUGGUUUAUCGUCCACAGAACGAGGCUGCACGCCCACAUUUUCACAACAAAAUAGAACAGGCUGCAGUGAGAGUCUCUCUCCAUGGGAUAUUUCAAAAUAGCAGCUUUGUGCAUUUAGUCCUUCUCAGGCAAGCUCAGGGGUUUAGUGUUGCUGUAGCCCACAGGAAGUGAGGAUUAGAAUAUAUGACCUUCACAUAAUCCGCUCCAAAUGAAUCUAUAUUUUUAAAGUCAUUACUAAAAGUGUGUGUCAUAUAAAAACUAAAGUGAUGGUCAAAGUUGUCACAGUGAAAUUUAAGGUGUGCUGAUGGAUUCACGUCAUCAACUCAUGCAUUGAGUAACAUUACAAGUUAACGUUCCACCUUAAAAGUUGCCGGCAGUCGGCCCAGUGAAUGAAGUGAUUUUUUUCUCUUUCAUUUUAUAGUUGUAGUUUACUGAUGUAUGAACAGAGGUUACAUAAAACCAGAGUGAGCGUCCUCUACUGACCAAUCAGACUGCAGGGUUUCUAGCUCCACCUUUUAGGACCAGAUCUGUGUGCUAGGUACCCCAACAGAGGGGGGACCAAACAUGGGGACGCUAAGGAACGCUUCUGCGUCUCUACAGUAAAGUUUAAUAUCAAAGUACAGGAUUUCCCUCUGAAGGUAACAGGAAGCAGACACACUCAGGUCCCUCAGUGUCUCUCCACCUCUGCUCAGCACUGACAACAGCAGUCACUUCCUGCAGUUACAAUUUCCUCUUCCGCCGCGGCUGAAUGGACUGUUGAUAAUCGAUACUGAUCAUUCGGUGGUAUCGAUGAGCGGUGUGUGACGGGCUGCAGUGUGGAGGUGACGUCAGAGAGACUGAUGGCGACAGCAGACACAAAGCCGGGAGGAGCCGAGGAGUCCAGCUUGCAGUCUGAGGAGUCGGCCCGGAGGUCCGAGGAGUGGAGGCUGGGGUCCGGGGAGUCCAGGGUGAGCUCCUGGGAGUCGGAGCUGACCUCCAUCCAGCACUCCCUGAAGUUUGUGUCGACGCUGAAGGAGGAGUUUGUUUGUCCCAUCUGCAGAGGAGUCGUGCUCAACCCCCAGCAGAACUCCUGUGGACACAUCUACUGCUUCCUCUGCCUCCAGCGCCUGCUGGAGAGCUCAUCGCCGUCCAGUCCAGUCUGUCCAGUGGACGGAGCCGUGAUCACACCAGCAGAGGUUUUCCAGGACAACUGCUGCAAACGGGAAAUCUCCAGUCUAGAAGUGUACUGUACCAACUCCCCAGCAUGCACCUCUGUCGUCACAUUACGCCACCUACAGGAGCACCGCAGGUCUUGUCAGUACGAGCAGCUGCAGUGCUGCAAUCCAGGCUGCAGGGUGGCGCUACAGAGGAGAUACCUGCAGGAACACCUGACCAACACCUGUCCUCACCGCAUGGAGCCCUGUCCACACUGCCGGCACCCGCAGAGACUCAGCCUCCUCCAGGAUCAUGUGCAGAGCUCCUGUCCAAAGGUGGAGGUGGACUGUCCCAACAGCUGCUCCCUGAAGGUCCCCAGACACAAGCUGACAGAACACAGAGAGUCGUGUCCUGAGCUCCUCAUCGACUGCUCCUACAAGAAGUUCGGCUGCUCUGUGCAGGACAAGAGAAGGAGAGUGAAGCUGCAUGAGGAUGCUGCUGUCAAUCAUCACAUGCUGCUGGUCCUGCAGAGCAACACUCACCUGGAGCAACAGGUGGAGCUCCUCCAGGAGGAGGCGCUGCUGAGGCAGCAGGAGGUCCAGACAGACAGUUUACUGCUUGCCAGUCUGCAGAAGAAAAUCAGACCUCUGCUGCAACACAACAGCAGCCAUGAUCACCUGCUCUCUGCAGCUCAGAAGACGCUGAGCAGGCAGGAGGACGUCCUGUCCACCGUCCAGCUGGACGUCCAGCAGGCGUCUCUGGGACUCGGUCCUGGUCUGGAGGAGCUGGAGCAGCUGAGAAAGUCUCUGGAUGCUGUGAUCCUGGAAGUGUCUGCAGCCGAGGCCCUCAGAGAACACCUGGGAACUUUGGAAGAGAAUCUAAAGCAUCACUCGGGUCUGCUGGAUCUCCACGCCGCUCAGCUCAGUCGCAACAAGCAGCACCUGCAGGAGCUCGAGGCGACGUCCUACGACGGCAAACUGAUCUGGAAGAUCGAGGACGUCAGGAAGAGGAGAGAAGCCGAGGUCAAUGGUCAGCCACCCUGCCUGAGCAGCGUGCCGUUCCACACCGGGCGUUGCGGCUACAAAAUGGCCGCCAAGGUCUAUCUGAACGGAGACGGGGAGGGAAGAGGGACUCACCUGUCCCUUUAUGUCGUCCUGAUGCCGGGAGACUUUGACGCUCUGCUGCCGUGGCCUUUCAGACAGACCGUGUCUCUGUCUGUUCUGGAUCAAAGCGGCGCUGCUAACCACCGGAGUCUCAGCUUCAGACCCGACCCAGCGUCCAAAAGCUUCCAGCAACCUGCCGCAGACUCCGUCAGCAACGUGGCUGUUGGAUUUUCUUGCUUCAUUCCCCUCGACAAGCUGGAAACUCCUCCGAACGCUUCGUACGUCAAAGAGGACACGUUGUUUGUCAAAGUGAAGGUGGACAUGGCAGGUUUAGAGCAGCUGUAGGCCUCUGGCCUCUACGUCAGUGGUUCCCAACUGGUCCGAUCACGGCGUCCAGAUUUCUCCUCAAUCAUCAGUUCAAGGUCCACACAGUUGAACACAUUCAGCGUCAUGCUUUCAUUUGGCCAUCGAGCUAGUUUUCUGUCUCUGUCCAGUAGCUGUCCGUCAGUCAUUCACUCUACAGCAGGGAACGGCACUUCUGGGCGAUACGGACAAAAAUUCAUAUCUCAGUAUUUUCAGGCUGAACGUCGAUACACGAUAUAUAUCUUGGUGUCUUCUAUGUAAUGGGGCUGCAUGUUCAGCUGCAAGUCGCAAAUUGAUCCUCGGCUCAUGUCUCCUGUUAUUUUUGCUGCGGCAGGUGGAGAAGUUUACCUGUUGGAGGUGAGCUGUUUGUCUGCAGCUCUUCAUCAUCUCACUGUGGCUGUUUCUGACUUUACUCUUCCUCCCUGCUGUAUUAUUAGACUUGUCUUUAUUGAAGGAUGCUGCUGAGAUGAUCCCUGGUGAGGGAGAGAAGUGGGGCAGGACGCAGGCUGUGACGCUGAGAUUAUAAAGUCAUAUAUUUGUGUGACACUUGUUGAAACUGAUUUUUGGUCAAACCUCAUGGCUUCACUGGAUCAACAUCACACCACAGAGCCAGCGGUAACAAUAAUAUGAUUAAUAAUCCUUUCUUUCUCUUGUUAGGGUUAGGGUUAGGUAUGGACACACAGUAUAUUACCUACAGUAGAUGUCAGUCGACACGCCCCCCAGUUUGGAGAAGCAGGCUGAAGUCCGACAUGGAAGCUAAACAAUGUGCUGUUGUGGGCAGGGUCAGCAACAAAACGGAUUUUAGCCACCAAAGAAAAGUAACACAUAAAAAAUGCCUCGAUUACAUGUUUUCAGUUUACAUGUGCAUUAUAUUGAGAGUAUUUUCAGCACUUCAUGUUCCCCACAUUCAGCCUGUUUUGACAGGUGACCCGUUAAAAACUUAGUUCCCACCUCUGCUCUCAUCAAAGCCAGGCUCCACUGAGAAAACCAAUGAUUUACCAUCACUGAGCAGAGGAGCUGCAGGUCUGCCGCCGCCUCCAUCAGUUAGAUUGUGUUACUCUGUGACUUUGGUGGAUCUAAAGCCCUGUAACAACCAAACAUGUUACCCCUCAGACAUGGUACCUAGACCCUCGGUCCGUUCAGCCUUUCCAAUUUGGACCAGAUUAUGUCAUGCAUUUUGUUGCCGACCCCGCCCACAGCAGGACAUUUCUUAUGUUCCAUGUCAGAUUCCCGCCUGCUGCUCCAAACUGGAGACGUGCCGACUGACAUGUUCAGUGGGAAACACGCUGUCUAUGGAUAAGUACCCCAAACAGCUUCACCUUAAAAAAUCUUAAAAAACAAGAUUGUUUUAUUGGUUUAUAGGACACCACAUGGGCGUGCACCAGACAACCUCUCAGAAACGCUUCUACUCUUUUAGCUGAGGGCUGAGGGUUAGCAGCGUUAGCAGCGUUGCCAAAAACAUCUGGCGACGAUGCUUUCAGCCACGACGCUCUGAUCUGCUCCAGCUGGCUCUGCACCAGUUGAAAAUAUUAGACAAGAUUUUUAAACUGAGAAAAAAAAUCAUCUGUUUAUUCAGACUUAUGUUUUAUAAUUUAUCAUACUUAAUGCCAUCAUUAUGAUUUUACUUUUCAAUUUUUAUCAGAAUGUUAAUGUUGAUCCCUGUGAUUUAUUUUAUUUUAUUCAAUUAACAUUCUUCAGUCA